CCUUACGGGGUGAGAGGUCAGAAGAGCACCGGUCACUAGGGGCUGCCAUGGCGGGGCUCUGGGUAGGAGCUGUGGCCCUGGUUGCGGCCGGAGGACGAGGGCGGCGGCCACCACCACAGUGGAUGAGGAGUGCGGGCUUGUGGACCCUGAAGCAUGUUCUACCCUAUUCAAGACAGUGCCUGGUAUUGUCCCGUAGCCUGGGUUCAGGAGGAUGUGACCCCAAUGAAAAAACUUUUGAUAAAAUUCUUAUUGCUAAUCGAGGAGAAAUUGCAUGUAGGGUUAUUAAAACUUGCAAGAAGAUGGGCAUUAAGACAGUUGCCAUCCACAGUGAUGUUGAUGCUAGUUCUGUUCAUGUGAAAAUGGCCGAUGAGGCUGUCUGUGUUGGCCCAGCUCCCACCAGUAAAAGCUACCUCAACAUGGAUGCCAUCAUGGAAGCCAUUAAGAAAACCAGGGCCCAAGCUGUGCAUCCAGGUUAUGGAUUCCUUUCAGAAAACAAAGACUUUGCCAAGCGUUUGGCAGCAGAAGAUGUCAUUUUCAUUGGGCCUGAUACACGUGCUAUUCAAGCCAUGGGUGACAAGAUUGAAAGCAAAUUAUUAGCCAAGCAAGCAAAGGUUAACACAAUUCCUGGCUUUGAUGGUGUAGUCAAGGAUGCAGAUGAAGCCGUCAGAAUUGCAAAGGAAAUUGGCUACCCUGUCAUGAUCAAGGCCUCAGCAGGUGGUGGUGGGAAAGGCAUGCGCAUCGCUUGGAAUGAUGAAGAGACCAGGGAUGGUUUUAGAUUUUCAUCUCAAGAAGCUGCUUCUAGUUUUGGUGAUGAUAGGCUACUAAUAGAAAAAUUUAUUGAUAACCCUCGUCAUAUAGAAAUCCAGGUUUUAGGUGAUAAACAUGGAAAUGCCUUGUGGAUUAAUGAACGAGAGUGUUCAAUUCAGAGAAGAAAUCAGAAGGUGGUGGAGGAAGCCCCAAGCACUUUUUUGGAUCCUAAGACUCGAAGAGCAAUGGGAGAACAAGCCGUGGCUCUUGCCAAAGCGGUGAAAUAUUCCUCUGCUGGAACUGUGGAGUUUCUUGUAGACUCGAGGAAGAAUUUUUACUUCUUGGAAAUGAAUACGAGACUCCAGGUAACAGCAGCAGUGUCUGUUCUUCUCU